AUGUCAGACAGUCAUUCAGUAACGCUCAAUGUUCUUAAAAGAAAUAGAUUAACAUCUCCCAGCAGCAAUUUUAAAUACUCCAGUUUUAAAGACACAUGUUGCACUUCAGUAUUUCUGGACAGCAAUAAGUCAGUAAAAGAUCCUGUUGUAGAACAUAAAAAAGCAUUGAGCAUAACAAGUUUGUCGUUGCUACAAGAGCAUUCUGAGCACAUUCAUCCUAAUGCUUUCUGUCCUGUGUCAUCAUCUAUGGCAAAUGAAAUGAAUUCUAUCUCCUUAUCAGAAAAAAGAGAAGCAAAUAGAAGUGCAGAUAUUUUUGAAACUCCUAAAGGGAGUAGAAAAAACUCCUCACUACGCAGGAGGCUGCUUUUACCUAAGACUCUUCCAGCUGGCACCACUGCAGGAUGCUGUGAAAGACAAGCUGGUUCUUCAGGAAGCAGCAGGAUAAAAAUACCCUCCUGUGUUCUGAGCUCUGAAGAAAAUCUUUCACAAACCAGUCCGGAUUCUUCAGGAGAUAAAAGUUGCAGACAUCUGACAGCUAGCACUUCAGAAACCGAGGCCUCUAAUCCUGACUGCCCAAAACGGAGACUUCCCUUUUCACAGCAAAGGACUUCUACGCUAGAUGAGUCCACAUGUAAGGACCCCUUAUUGAUAGAACCAGAAUGUUUAUCUCCAAUUCAGUGUAAGGAUGUUACUACUAAUGUUAAUGAAUUCAAUGAAAGCGUCCUUAUGAAUGUUAGUGAUGGGUUACUUAGGACUCCUAAUUGUAGUGUGGUACCUGAGGCCAAUGAGGGUAAGUUCCCAACUUCUAUCAGUAGCCUUGCAGAGAACUUUAACUCUGAUCUAUGUGAUAUAAACUCUCCUCCUGUUAAGCUUGCAAGUUACUCAGUUCUUUCAACACCUGAGGACAGUGGAUACAAUUCACUUCAUUUGGACAAAUCAGGAGAAUCGUUGUCUGAUCAUGAUGGAUCUUUCCAAGAGUUCUUCCAAAAACAUAAAGAAGGUUCCAGAAUUCCGGAUAGUAAAAGAAAGCCAAGAAAACUUGUCCGGGUUAGAAGGUUAUCCACUCUUAGGGAACAGGGCUCACAGUCAGAGACAGAAGAUCAUCAUGGCAGUCCUUCUACUUCAGCUCGUAUGUUAACAGAAGAAAGAAACUUUCUCAGUGAAGACCAUCCAUUAGUUUUACAGGAACAGCCUAGUGGAGACCUAGUUGUAAGUCAGGGAGAUCUCUCAAGAACUCCAGCUCUGAAAAUAGUGCAUGAAAUUUGCUUGCAAAGACAAAGAUCAGAGCAAAAAAAAAAAUCAGAGAAUAUUGAUGGAACAGAAAUAUUUGCAUUGGAACAUGUUCUUGCUGGACUUAUUGGCAAGAAAAUGGGCCUUGAAAAAUUAGAUAUUUUAACAGAAUUAAAAUAUAGAAAUUUAAAACAUGUUCUUGCUAUAGUUUUAGAUGCUUUGACAGUGGAAAGCCUAUGCAGCAUUUGGAAAGUAAGUAAAAACUGGCGUGAAAUCAUUGUACAAGAUAAAAAUGCGGAUAUGAGGAGAAAGUUGUACAUAAAACACCUGAAAGAAGAAGCUGGGGAAUAUUUCUUGAAAGCUGAAGAUGCUGCCACAAGACUUAAUGUUCUCAAUAGAUCUGCUCUAAGGCCUGUUCAAGCUCAAGCCAGAACUCCUGUAGUCCGAACACCACCUUCCUAUACUGACCUUACACCCAGGAGAUGCAGUUCUGCUCCCCAUUCAACUAGUAAACUGGAGGAAUAUGUAAAAGUUGCUAACACUCUGUUCACUGAUGAAGCCCUAAAACCCUGUCCCAGGUGUCAAUAUCCUGCAAAAUACCAAUUGGUAAAGAAACGGGGACUAUGUAGCAGAGAGACAUGUGCAUUUGAGUUCUGUAUUUUAUGUCUGUGUGCUUUCCAUGGGUCAAAAGAAUGUAAGAGUUUAUCUGCUAAAUGGAAGAACAAAAAAGAUGCUCCUCCAGGAAGUGCCCAAAGCAAAAGAAAUGUAAAAAGAUUAUAA